UCAAAAGUUCUGACAUUGUCGUCUGAUAGUGUGAUGACAGACGGGUUAUUGUAAGCAAUCAACGCUUCAAGUUACUGAUUUUUACACGAAGUAAAUAAUGAGCUCGAGCAAAGGGUUUGAUCCCUAUCAAGUCUUUGAGGUGGAACACAGAUCUUGUCAGAUUUUGAAUGUGAAGGUCGUGUGCGGCAGAAAUAUCACGAAGGGAUGGAUGGACUACGUGGACACCCCAGACCCAUACUUGAUUUUACGGAUAAAAACUGCCCCCGAAGGUCGGCGACGAACAACGACAAAGGAUAAUGAGGUCAACCCGGUCUGGAACGAGGACUUCACAUUCCUGUUGGACGGAGAGGUCGAAAACAAAUUACACAUGAUCUUGAUGGAAGCAAACCCCGGGUCAUUGGACCAGACGAUCGGCGACGCGUGGUUUCCCUUGAAUUCUCUGUCUCAAACCGAAAUUACCAGAAAGUCGUUUUUCUUUAAUGGGAAAUCUGAGGUAGAACUUGAAUUCAGUAUACAUGAAGAUGAAAAUCCCACUCUUCGGUACAGCUUGUGUCUUUGUGACGAAGAAAAGGAUUUUAUAGAGAAAAGAAAGGAUGUGGUCAUGAAGAAAAUGGUGGAAUUACUCGGAGAAGAGCAGGGACCUCAGGAUAUAGAAGACGUUCCCUCAGUAGCUGUGAUCGGAUCUGGUGGCGGAUUUCGUGCUAUGGUGGCGUACAGUGGAGUUUUUAACGCCCUGGAAAAGUCAGGGAUCCUAGAUUGUACUUCAUACGUUUGCGGAUUAUCGGGCUCAUCAUGGUACUUAUCCACGCUUUACUCUCACAAAGACUGGCCAGAAAUGCACCCCGGGGACAUGCAAGAAGAACUGAUGAAUAAUAUAGACUCCAGCUUGAUUUGGCUGUUGUCACCGCAAAGUAUAUAUCGCUAUGUGGAUCGCAUUCUUGAAAAACGUAGAAAUGGACAGCCUAUUAGUUUUACUGAUAUAUUUGGACACCUCGUAGGUGAAACACUGCUUAAAGACAGACUAACAACAAAAUUAUCUGAUAUGAGGGAGAAAGUCAAACAUGGAAGAGUACCCCUUCCGCUGAUGACGUGUGUAAAUGUAAAAGCAGACCGAUCGGCACGAAGUUUUCAGGAAUGGGUUGAAUUUUCUCCUUACGAAAUUGGAAUGCCAAAAUACGGAGCCUUUAUGAAAUCAGAGUAUUUUGGAAGCAAGUUUUUCAUGGGUAAACUGGUCAAAUCUUAUGGUGAACCACCUCUCCAUUUCUUGCAGGGGAUUUGGGGAAGUGCCUUCUGUAUUUUAUUUAAGCGGUUAUUGGAGGACAAUAGGAAUAAAGAUCCCGUAGAAAUGAUUCGACAAGAGAUGGUGAAAACACUUGAACAAACUCCGAACGAAGAGUCGAGCGACAGCAGCGAAGACGAGGAUGAUGAGGAAGAACCAGAACCGGAGAAGAACCCCAGAGAGAAACCAGACGGUAAGAACGUGUUCUCCUUCCCACCGACCGCUAACCAAGCUAUGUCCAACGGACACGGAAACCCCCGCCAAAGAAACAACCCGAUCAGGAGGACCAAACAAAAGGGAUACUGGAACAACUUCUUGUCGGGUCUUUUAGAGAAUAAGCGAUUUGAGAUGCUAAAUUCCCGGGCUGGCAGAGCUGGUGUAGUGCAUAAUUUCAUGAGAGGGUUGUCGUUACAGCAAACGUUUCCUCUCUCCCCCUUCACCCCAGAAAACUCUGGAAACAGGGUCAGCGAUGACUUUGAUGGCCUGUUAGAAAUGCAUCCCACCAACGUUAAACGUUUAUACAUGGUGGAUGCAGGCCUGACGUUCAAUUCACCCUAUCCCCUGGUGCUGCGGGCCCAGAGAGCUGUAGAAAUCAUUUUGUCAUUCGACUUCAGUGCUAGGCCCAGUGAUACCACCCCGCCAUUCAAGGAACUUAAGUUGGCGGAAAAGUGGGCAAACAUGAACAAACUUUCGUUUCCUCCCAUAGACACUACCGUUUUUGACCGGGAAGGAAUGAAGGAACUCUACAUCUUCAAACACCCUACUGAUCCUUACUGCCCAAUUGUCCUGCAUUUCUGCCUUGUUAACAUUGAGUUCCGGAGAUUUAAAGCUCCAGGAGUUGAAAGAAAGACUGAAGAGGAAAUAAAAUUUGCUGCUUUCGAUAUUUUUGAUGACAAAGAAUCACCAUACUCAACAUUUAAUUUCAAGUAUUCUCACGAUGCUUUUAAGCGCCUUUCAAAACUCACGGAAUUCAAUACAUUGCUUCAUGUAGAGGAUAUUAAAAAUGUGAUUGCAGAGGUUAUUAAAAAUAAACGUGAAAAUGGUCCCAAAAUUCCAAUAUCAGUGAACGAAAUCAAAUUUCUUAAGCGAAUCAGCAAAAAGAAUAGACAAACAUUGAGUAGAUAUAUCAGCAAAAUUGAGGAAGGAAGUAUGCGUCGAAAAAGUGGAGGUGACGUACAAAUUCAAAGUUUAAGAGAUCAUGGUAAAUUACGAAAAGCUGAUAGUGACUCUGUUGACACAAUGAAGAAGCGAGGAAAUGUGACUUUUAAGGGAACUAGGCGAAUAAACAUUCGUACAAGCGGGGCACCCGAUCCCUCACUGACGUCUCCGCGUGAGGACGAGGAAUGGGACGAUGUGGAUGCGCAAGUACGAUCGCGCACAACAAGAGGUCGAAAGUUUGCUGCGCAAGAAAACUUUGUCACCGCAGCGGAAGGACUUCCGGGUGACGUCUGGGCGGAUCCAGUGUGUCAUUCUGAUUCUGAGGAGGAAUUUUAUGUGUGUCAAUCAGACAAUGAGGACGACUGCUCAUAGCAUUGUCAGUUUUACGGUGUACAGUUUUUGUAAUGAUGCAGGGUCUAAAAGCAUUUUCAGCUAUCCCUCCGUGUAAGCUGCUUUUUUUGUAUGUGAAGCUUAUUGACCAGAUAGCUUUAUAUCCUUGUCAUGAUUUUUCGGAUUUAUCAGAUUUAAUAUUUGACUCUUUUUGUUCUUAAUAUUGAUCUGAGUUCAUAGAUGUAUACACAUUUUGGAUAGAUUUUCACACACAAGAAUUUCCACGAAUUCUUGAAUUUUAUUUCCUCUCAUUUUUUUUUAUUGAUUACGAAAACAAAAGAUCAAAAACUAUCAAAAUGGACGCCUUCAAAGCAAAGUAAAAGAAAGCCUAUGAAUAGAUUUACUGACGUACAACAAGCACGAUUACAUAUUAAUUUAAUGGAUGUGUUUAAGAUCUUUUUUGCUAUCAAAGUGAAAGUGACUUUAGAUUAAAUGUCAAUUAAAGAAGCACGCAUGAUUUGCUCUAGGGUGGAGGCAGUAUAAGAAGCUGUAGAACAAGUGCCCACACCAUAUCAAAAUAUUAAUCACGAUGGGCAAGGAAAUAUCAGACAUAAUUUUUGGAGUAAAAUAUAAAUUUUCAUUGAAAUCAACGACAUGGAAAAAAUAAAUUAAAAUCGGAAAUGAUUCAAAAAUGAAUGAAACUUGAUCUUAUCAUUGAAAUCAAGGAAGUCGACUUCUUAUUUUAUUGUACAUAUGAUUUCCUGAUAAAAAGUCCAUUCAAUUGCUCUGUAGAUGUCUAAGGCGUGAGACUUGAUCAACAAGUAAAGGUUUUAUCUUCAGAAAAUACUAAUACAAAAUUAUUUAUCUUGAUGAAGAAUUUUGCUUUUAAUAAUCAAGGAAAAAAGGCUGACCAUUCUGUUAUGAAGGUACAUAUUUUCGAUUUGAAAUCAUGGAACGAGGUACAAAAAUUCUAGAUUCCAAAUUUCUUUUUAUAGUAAAAAGAAUAUAUAAAUGUUUCUGAACUUCAACAAAUAUGACCAUAGUUCUUCAGAAGCCAAUUUUAUGCGUGCAUGUGCCCUUAAUUUUGAAUUGCACUGAAUAUUAUUUCCUUACUGGUUAACAAACAAAAAACGUAUUUUGCAUCGCAAUAAUAUGUCCAUAUUUUUUAAGUAUUUGAAAAAAAAAUCAGUAUUUUUGUGAAUGUGAAUUUCUUGUAUGAAUGAAAAAAAAAGUGAUUAAAGUACAUUAUUUUUGUUUGCAUUAGGUUGCUUUUAUUACUCUACAUGUUUUGAAAUUGAGGUAUUUAUUGCACACUGUUUAUGUUUUUGUGAUAAAGACAUUAACCAAUCAAUUUUUAAAAAGAUCUGUAUUAAAUUUCACACCUGGAUUUAUACAUAUUUCAAAAUCAUAAAACCUUUUUGAUAUGGCUUUUCAAUAAUUUAGAUCUGGAUAGGUCAAUCGAUUAUUUAUAAAACUUAAUAUAUGUGAUAAGGUUGGGAUCAGACUUUAUAAAUGUGUGUAAUGUAGAUAUACAAUCAAAACUGCACAAUCAGAUAGUUUUAAAUCUUUCAAGGAAUAAAAUUUUAUUUAAAAAAAUCCCAA